GCCUCGGGCAGCGGGCAGACUGCCCUGAUUAUCUCUGUUUAUAAUCAGCUCGAGAUGGGCGCGAACACACUUGUGAAGGCGAACCCUCUUUCUCUCUCUCUUCUCUCUCUAGGGUUUUGUGGGUUUUUGAAGUUCAACCCUUCUCUUUAAUGGGCAUCCUCCAAAAUUCUCUCAAGUCCUUCUCCUUUUAGAACCCCCAUUUUCAGAACCCUCUUGCUUUGUCCCCCAACAAAAAAGGUUCAAUUUUGUUUCCAAACGCUGUUGUUUGUUGUUUGUUGUUUGUUUUGUUCCAUUUGGCUUUUGCCUCUUCUUUCUUCCCCCCAGAGGCAAGUUCCUCUGCCCCUCUCAAUCGACCCUUUUGAAAGUACCUCAAACAGAGUUCUAAAACCCCUUCAAAAUGGCCCCUUCUGGAGGCAAAAUGGCCACGAGAACCAGAGCAAAUUUACCCAACUUGAAGCUGAACAAGAAAAUCAAGAAGACGAAGAAACAGCAGCAGCAGCAAAAGCUGAAGCAGAUUCCAGCGGUGAUACUAAACGACGCCGUUCAUUUCACCGACGACUCUACUGACAUCGACGGCGGCUGCAGCACUCCAAAAGCAGAGAGAUUCAGAAUCCCGGAGAUUCUAACAUGUCCGCCGGCGCCGAAGAAGCCAAGACCCGCUUCGGAUUGCUCAUUACGACGAUCGCCCAUUGCCUUCUUUGCUCCUCCAGAAUUAGAGCUCUUCUUCUGCGCCUUGCCGGUGCCUGACAUUUCAGUCUGAGGCCAAAAGCUAACUAAUCCUCGUGUGUUUAUACAAAUUUUACAGAUAUGAAUCAUCAAAAAAAAUACCAAGUUCUUCUUUUUCUCGUCUCUUUUGUUGGAUAUUAGUUUAGAAUAAGUUUGGGUGGCGGGGGGGUUCCCCCUUUUGUGUGAGAAUUUGAGCUUGGAGGUGCAGAUUUUCAAAUUAGGUUUGCUCUGUAAUAUUAUU